UGUAAUAAACAGAAAAUUUAAUGUUUUGUAGUUGAAUAUGGAAUUUAUUGCACUCGUGAAACACGAUUUUUUUAAAUAUAUUUUCACGAGUGCGAUUAGUCUGUCCCACUCGUGAAUUCAAUAAAUUCCAUUAUCAACGACAAAACAUUGAAUAUCCUCUAUUUAUACAAGAGCAAUCAAUAUUUAUCUCGGCUUUGAUUUCAGACACACAACAUUCAAUAAAUUCAGAAAUACCGAACUCACCAAGUACAACAAUAAAUGCUGUAACGUCAACGGAAAUCACAACGUUUGUUCUCAGUCGAGAAAUGGUGAUUCUGAUGGUGGGAAUCGGAGUGGUGGAAGUGUCGAUAAUUAUUGUGGGAAUUCUAGCAGUCAAGCGAUUUAGACAGAAUAAAAACAACAUGACAAGACACAGUAAAGAAAAAGUCGGUCGACCUGUCUCUAGAAAGACAGUCUGUAGUAUUGAUAACGUAUAUGCCACAAUUCCAGAGGAAGAAUUCGAUGAGAACCCAUAUAAAGAUCUCUCUGAGGGAGUGUAUGAUACAACCUCAAAACGAAGAUCUCAUGUCAAUGGUGGCUGGAACGAAUAUUCCAGAGGAAGUUUUUUUACUCGUUUGUUUCGAAGUUCAAAAAUAAGCGGAAGCAGACCAGUAGAGGAAGCACACCCAAUGUUUUCAACAUUCAGAGAUACGAAAAAGGGAACAGCGUAAUUAGUCUCAAAUUGGACAACUGUAUGUUUGAUCAAAG